GCAAAUCUAAUCUAAGUUGAAUUGUAUUUAAAAAAAUAUAUAAAUUACGAGCCAGAGAAAAUGAUAACUAGGUGCUGUUGUAUUUCUGGCAGUAGGUUGUUUUGCAGCCGAUUCAAUGCGGUAAAUAGUAUGCGCUGCAGGAAUUAUCAUGUCAUAUCUAAUGCUUCAUUCUUCAACAAAUAUAAUUUAUUCGAUCAUCGUUAUGAAUUCCGACGGAAUAUAAACCACACACCCAGCAUAUUGGCUGCUGCUGCUGUUAUGGCUACAGAGAGUACGACAGCAACUUUAACAACAAAUAGCGAACCGUCAUUCGUUGAACUUGGCUUAGGUGGAUACACGCCCGUUGGUAUUCUACAAAAUGGAUUGGAAUUUUUACAUGUAUCGUAUGAUUUGCCAUGGUUUGCUACAAUUGCAAUUAGUACAGUCAUAAUUCGUAUUCUAAUCACGCCAUUGGCUGUCUUAGCCCAACGAAAUACGGCUGUAAUGUGUAAUGUUUUGCCGCAAGUGAAUGACAUUCAAAGUAAAAUGGUUCGAGCGGGUAAAGCGGGUCAUUCAAACUAUAAUUUCAUUUCCAUUAUAAGUUUCCAUUAUUGUCCCCUAGGUAAAGCAGGUAAUACUCUUGAAUUUGCCCAAUACAAUGAGGAAUUAAAGAAUAUCAUGAAGGAUAAGCGUUAUAAUCCAAUCAAAAAUAUGCUCGUGCCUUUAGCUCAAGCACCAAUAUUCAUAUCGUACUACUUUGGUAUCAACGCAAUGGUCGAUGCACCGGUUCUGUCCUUGCAAACCGGGGGCAUAUUUUGGUUUACAGAUCUAACUGUUGCUGAUCCCUAUUAUAUUUUACCAUUAAUUUCAUGCGGCACAAUUGCAUUGACCAUUUACACGGGCACCGAUGGAGCACGAUCCAGUCACCCAAAUAAAUUGAUUAAUUAUGUUAUAAAAGCUUUACCGGUAAUAAUUUUUCCGUUUAUUAUGAAUUUCCCAGCUGCUAUUGUUAUCUACUGGACAACCAGCAAUUUUUGGUCCCUAAUACAGGCACCGAUAUUUAGAAUUGAAAAAGUACGAAAAUUUCUCAAAAUUCCAAAAAUUAAUCCAGUGCAACCAAAAAAGCAAGAACAAAGUGAUAUUCAAAAUGUUAAAAGCUUUGUUCAGCCCAAAAAAGUCACCAAGAAUAUAAUCAAUUAUGAACUAUUGAUUUCACGCAACAUCAAAAAUUCAAAAAAAUAAAUAAAUAAAAACUCAGUCAAAUAAUUUUAAACUUUGAUGACG